AUGGCUGAGCCAUCUACAUCUCGGAGCACAGAGAUAUAUUCCACGUAUGAUGAGACUAUCACUUCUCGACCUGUCACAGGUCGUCAAAGCCAUAGACGAUCUAAAGGUCGUCGACCAGCAACUGCACUAACAUCCAACAUAGAAGAUCAGGACAUCAUUUGUGCAAUCAGUGAAUCUCGUGGCAUUUCUCCUACUGUUGGUCUUGCUUUUGUCAACCUUUCAACUUCAGAAGCUGUUCUAUGUCAGAUUUGCGACAGCCAGACUUAUGUCCGGACUUGUCAUAAGCUAAAAGUGUUCAAUCCUUCUGAAGUACUCUACAUGAGCACUGUUGCGGAUUCUAAGCUGCUUUCAAUAAUUCGCGAAAAUCUUGAGGUAGAUAGGUAUGGUAUUGUGAUGCAAAGUAUUGACCGCAGAUACUGGUCUGAAGCGAGCGGACAUGAGUACGUUCAACAAUUGGCAUUUCCAGAUGAUCUAGAAUCACUCAAGGUCUCCAUUGGAGGGAACUACUUCGCCGUCUGCUGUUUUGCUGCUACCUUGAAGUACAUAGAGCUCGCCAUUGGCAGCAGCUUCUGCUCACAAUCCCUUCGAAUCAAAUUCGAACCCUCUGAGGGCUCUAUGCUCAUUGACCUUUCGACCAUUGUCUCUCUUGAACUGAUUCAAAACCUGCAGAAUGCCAAAUCCAGGGAUUGUUUAUUUGGGGUUCUGAAUGAGACGCUUACGCCGAUGGGGUCUCGAUUUUUACGCAGUAAUAUCUUACAGCCUUCUACAGACGCUGCAAAACUCAACGGGAGGUAUGAUGCUCUUGGUGAGCUAACGCUGAAAGAAGGAAUGUUCUAUCAAGUGAGACAAGCAAUGAAAGAUUUCGUGGACACGGAUCGACUUCUGGCUUCUAUUGUCAUCACGAAAUCUGAGGGCAACAUUCAGCAGAUUGAACACUCCAUAAACCAGGUAGUGGCUUUGAAGACGUUCCUCGAUUCAAUUAAACCGGUCUGGCAAGCUUUAACUGGAGCAUUGAGCGAGGAAUUGCGCAAGAUUUGCGAGCUUUGUAACCCCGAAAAUUAUCGCAUGGUUCAAGAUCUGAUCAGCAGCACGCUCAACGAAGAUGUGACUUACUCCGUACAACCACUUGAGAUGAGGAACCAAAGAACAUAUGCUAUCAAGGCUGGAGUGAAUGGCUUCCUCGACGUAGCACGGCAGUCUUAUAAAGAAGUUUGCGAAGAUGCCUUCAAUCUUGUUGUUACUUUGGGCAAUGAACACGAAAUUUCGCUAGAAAUCAAAUAUGACAAUGCUCGUCAAUUUUAUAUUGUAGUCUCGACAUCAGAGCUAGAACAAAGACAGCUUCCAGCCGUCUUCAUCAACGUUUUCCGACGCCGAGGCAAGAUCGAAUGUCAAACACUCGACUUGGUGAAGUUGAAUCAGAAGAUUGCUGACGCCCACAAUGAAGUCAUCAUGAUGAGCGAUAGGAGCAUACAAGAUCUGAUCAACGAUGUCAGGACGGGGGUGCAACCCUUGUUCAAGAUCAGCGAGGGCAUUGCCAUGCUCGAUAUGAUUGCCUCUUUCGCCCAGCUAGUCACAACCCAAGACUAUGUGAGGCCAGAGUUGACUGAUACAUUGGCUAUUAAGGCUGGACGCCAUCCGGUCAAGGAGAAAAUCCAGCGGGAGAAGUACAUACCAAACGACGUGUAUGCGACUCAGCAGAAUCGUCUGCAGAUCAUCACUGGCUGCAACAUGAGUGGGAAGAGUACCUACAUCCGGUCUGUGGCAUUGAUGGCCAUCAUGGCGCAAAUUGGCUGCUUUGUUCCAGCACAGUACGCCUCCUUUCCAACGACGCACCAGCUCUUUACACGAAUUUCCACAGAUGACAGCAUCGAAGCGAAUGUCUCGACUUUCGCUGCGGACAUGCGUGAGAUAGCAUUCAUUCUUCGUAACCUUGAGCGGCGUAGUCUUGUGAUCAUCGAUGAGCUUGGCAGAGGCACAAGCACAGCUGACGGCCUAGCAGUGGCUGUUGCCAUUGCUGAAGCGCUUCUCGAAAGUCGGGCUUACGUCUGGUUUGUCACGCACUUUCGAGAUCUCCCUCGAAUCUUGGAGGAGCGCGCCGGUGUCGUGAAUCUGCAUCUGGCAGUCGACAUUGCUCCAGAUGCCUCCAAGAUGAAGAUGUUGUACAAGAUUUCUGAUGGCUAUGAACAAGAAAAGUUCUAUGGUAUUCUCCUUGCUAGAGUCGUGGAUCUUCCCGAAAGUGUUAUCGGAGUCGCCACGGAAAUUUCUAACACCCUUCAUGAGAGGAACGAGGCGCGUAAAAACGAUAAGGCUCUCCUUCCGAUCGCUCGACGUCGCAAGCUGAUAUUGAGUUUGAGGGAGCAGCUGACCCAGGCGAAGAAUGGUGUUCUGGAAGGUGAUGCGCUAAGGCAAUGGCUCAAGCGCCUUCAGACUGAAUUGAUUGUCCGUAUGGCAGCCAUUAACGCCGAGGCUGCUCAGGCGACAAAGGGGGUGGAAGAGGCUGAAGGCGGCGAGACCUCGAGCUCACUCCAGACUGCAAUGAGCGCUACAACCGAUUGA